GCUCCCAUUAACACCACUCUUCCAUGUCGCCAUCUAUGCAAACCAAAAAGCCCGCUUUCUGAAAAGUCAAUGUUUCCCCUUCCCCGAUUCCCAUUCUUGGAAAUCAAGAUCUUAACAUUUCCCCGAGAGAAGUUUGGGGCACACAUCCCUGACUGGGAGCAGCACAUGUCACAGAACCUGCAAGAGGGCGUCUUGCUGAAUUAUUAUUUCCCGGAUUUCUUCCCGAAGCCGCUCCCCCACGAUCGUGAUUCCGUGUCUCCCCGAGCCGGAACUUGAACUACCACAGUAACUCAUCAAGACUUUUCGCUUCGGACCAACCAUGGAGCGUGCUCUCAACGAUGCAGAAUUCCUGACCGAUUUGACGGGAGGAAACAUGGCAGUCGUACGAUGGAAGCACACGCCAGACGCGUCAGACUUUGACGAUGCUGCGGCGUUUGAGAUCGUUCGUAGGGCCAUCAUGUCAGAGAUCAACGACCCGCAGAGGCUCCGCAAGGUCGCGGUCGAGAUUGCUGCCUUGUUACCGGCAUAUCGGCCGUCUGAUGAUGUUCUUAAGUCUGUGUGGAAGUUGUUUGUGGGGUUGGCGCAGCAGACGCCAUCUGGGAAUAUUGCGAUGCUGGAUCUGGUGGUGAUUCUCGACCAUUUAGCUCUGUCGCCUAGGACGACGGCUACGGUGACGGUGGAUGGCUUCGAGCAAUUAAGCCGUCUUCACGGUCUUGAUCAAGUCAUCAGAGACUGCAUGGCCUCACCGUAUCAAUCAGCCAACAGGAUAGAAACCCUUACCCGCUGGGUCAACCUCAACGCCUUCGCCUCCCUCCUCUGGUCCUACAACCUCAUCGACGGCCGCGACCACGCUGUCCGACAGCUCCGCACCGCCUUCGAAGACCGCCGCUCCUCAGACGCCAGUGAUCGCGACGGCGCCGACGCCCGGCUCAUGGCUGCUGCGCAGUGGGCUAUUCACUCGUGUCAGCGUCUGUAUCAUCUCUCCGUGACGUCUGAGGCGACUUCGCCGGCGGAAGAGCAGCAGCAGACGACGAAGAGUGAGGGGACGAGAGAGCCUAACGGGAAGAAGGCAAGAGAGAGCAGCAGCAGCAGCAGCAGCAGUGCCGAGAGAUGGAGAUGCGGACCACGGUUCAAGGGCCGAGCGGGGUUCUCGUUCAGGAGGUGGGAGUUUUGGCAGCAGGCGUUUGAGGAGGCCAAGGAGUUUGGGGAUUGUGGGAGCGAGACCAAGGUUGAGGCUGGGGCGGCGGCUGGGAUGAUGGAGAAGGUUCUGUAUGCUGGAUUUGAGGUUUAGAAACUUGACGAUCGUGCUGGGUUUUCUAGUGGUGGAUUUUGCAACAGGCGGAUGGCUUUAGGGACCGGAUUUGCGCCAGGAGGCUAGACUGUUUACGAGAGAUCUUUAAGUCUCGCGAAUACAUCGUUCUUGGACUGGGUAUUGGGAAUUGGGGACUAGAAAACUCCAGACGGGAUUCUUACAGGGCAGUCAGGGAUGAGAUCGAAAAGUCUUGUUGGGUAAAUAACGUCUUGGUCUUGAGGAGCUUAGUUAAAGAUAUCGAAGAAUGAAAAGAUUGUGUGCU